UUAACGAGGCGCGGCCAGCUGCGCGGCUUUCCCUGCUGCUCCCGGUCCCGGACUGCGAACCAUGGCACUGCCAGCGGCUGCGGCGCCUGAGGAGCUCGUGUUCUAUGUGAAUGGGAGGAAGAUAAUAGAAAAAAAUGCUGAUCCUGAACAGAUGCUCUUGGCUUAUCUGCGAAAGAGGCUCUGCCUUACAGGAACUAAGUAUGGCUGUGGAGGAGGUGGCUGUGGUGCUUGCACAGUGAUGAUAUCAACUUAUGAGCCAGCUUCAAAAAAGAUAAGACACUAUUCAGCCAAUGCAUGUCUGCUUCCAAUUUGCUCCUUGCAUGGUGCAGCAGUGACUACAGUGGAAGGUAUUGGAAGUACUAAAACCAGGAUUCAUCCAGUUCAGGAAAGACUUGCCAAGUGCCAUGGCUCCCAGUGCGGUUUCUGCACACCUGGAAUGGUGAUGUCCAUAUACACUCUGCUAAGAAACCAUCCAGAACCAACUUUGGAGCAGAUGAUUGCAGCUCUGGCUGGGAACUUGUGCCGCUGUACUGGAUACAGGCCAAUCCUAGAUGCCUGUAAAACCUUCUGUAAGGAAUCCAUUUGUUGUCAAAGGAAAGCAAAUGGAAAAUGUUGCUUGGAUCAGGAAGAUGAUUUGUUUGACAAUGAAGAAAAGGUGUCCACCAGCCUGUUUUCAACAGAUGAAUUCCAGCCCUUGGAUCCCACCCAGGAGCUUAUAUUCCCUCCAGAACUAAUGAGAAUGGCAGAAAAUCAACCAAAAAGAACUCUGGUUUUUUGUGGGGAGCGAGUAACAUGGGUUUCUCCUGUAAGCUUGGAUGAACUUCUGGAUCUGAAAGCCACCUACCCUAAAGCACCUCUUGUGGUUGGGAACACCAGUGUGGGACCUGACAUGAAAUUCAGAGGUGUGUUCCAUCCAGUUCUUAUUGCUCCUGCAAGGAUCCCUGAUCUGAAUGUGCUGAAAUACACAAACGAUGGAUUAACUCUGGGAGCUGCCUGCAGCCUCUCUCUAGUGAAAGACAUCUUGACAAAUGCAAUUGCCAAGUUCCCUGAAGAGAAGACGAGGGUUUUCUGUGCUGUCUUGCAGCAAUUGAGAACUCUGGGUGGAGAACAGAUAAGAAAUGUUGCUUCAUUUGGUGGAAACAUCAUAAGUAGAAAAUCAACAUCAGACUUGAAUCCUGUUCUGGCAGCCAGCAACUGCAUGCUCAGUCUGGCUUCAAGAGGACAAAGGCGACAGAUUCCUAUGAAUGAUAUUUUUGCAGAUGGAGUUGGUAACAAUACCAUUACACCAGAAGAGAUCUUAGUCUCUAUCCAUAUUCCCUAUUCUAGGAAGGGGGAGUAUGUGUCUGCAUUUCGACAAGCACCAAGACGGGAAAAUGCUCUUCCGAUAACCAAUGCUGGGAUGAGGGUCCUUUUUGAAGAAGGUACAGACAUUAUAAAGGAUCUAAGCAUUUUCUAUGGAGGUGCUGUCUCAACAACAGUCUGUGCUAAACAAACCUGUUGGACACUUAUUGGAAGACACUGGAAUGAACAAAUGUUGGAUGAAGCAUGCAGACUAGUCCUUAAAGAAAUUGCUCUUCCAGGCUCAGCUGGUGAUGAAAAUGUAGACUAUAAGAAAACUUUGAUGGUCAGUUUCUUCUACAGAUUUUUCCUGGAAGUAUCGCAGUCAUUGAAGACAAUGGAUCCUUGCCAUUAUCCUGGCAUACCUGUGGAAUAUCAGAGUGUCCUACAAGAUUUCAAAACCAGAAUGCCCCAGAGUACCCAAAUAUAUCAGGAUGUAGACCCGAGCCAGUCUCCCCAGGACCCUGUAGGACGGCCCGUUAUGCACCAGUCUGGGAUAAAGCACACCACUGGGGAAGCAGUCUACAUUGAUGACCUUCCUUCUGUGGAUGGGGAGCUUUUCCUGGCUCCUGUCACUAGUUCCAGAGCUCAUGCUAAGAUUGUAUCUAUAGAUACCUCAGAGGCCCUAAAAGGAGCAGGUGUGUUUGAUGUCAUAACAGUUCAUGAUGUGCCCGCUGCAAAUGAGUUUCAUUUUUCUGAUGAUCCAGAGAUUAUAUUUGCAAGAAACGAGGUGAUUUGCGUGGGUCAGAUUGUCUGUGCUGUGGUCGCAGAUUCAGAUGUUCAUGCCAAACAAGCAGCUGCAAAAGUGAAGAUAGAGUAUGAAAUGCUGGAACCAGUAAUUUUAACAAUUGAGGAAGCUAUAAAACACGACUCAUUCUUUGAGCCAAAAAGAAAAUUAGAACAAGGAAAUGUUGAUGAGGCAUUUGAAACUGUUGAUAAUAUAAUUGAAGGGGAGAUUUGCAUUGGGGGACAGAAACACUUUUACAUGGAGACUCAGAGCAUGCUUGUUGUACCAAAAGGAGAGGAUAAAGAAAUGGAUUUGUAUGUGUCAACACAGCAUCCAGCAAUUAUUCAGGAGAUGGUAGCAGCAAGUUUAGGUGUUCCAGCCAACAGGAUCAUGUGCCAUGUUAAACGAGUUGGUGGAGCUUUUGGUGGGAAAAUCCUGAGAACUGGCUUACUGGCAUCAGUUGCUGCAGUGGCAGCAAACAAAACCAGCAGAGCAGUCCGUCUUAUUCUGAGCCGAGAGGAUGAUAUGGUAAUCACUGGUGGCCGACAUCCUUUUAUGGCUAAAUAUAAAGUUGGCUUCAUGAAUGAUGGUAGGAUCACAGCUGUGGAUGCCAAAUAUUAUGUUAAUGGAGGGUGUACCCCUGAUGAAUCUGUCCUGGUAGCAGAAGUAUCCUUAUUAAAAAUGGACAAUGCAUACAAGAUUCCCAACUUGAGAUGCUGGGCUUAUGUCUGCAAAACAAACUUGCCAUCAAAUACAGCAUUCCGAGGCUUUGGCUUUCCUCAGUCAGGACUGGUGACAGAAACUUGGAUAACAGAUGUUGCAGAUAAAACUGGUUUAUCACCAGAAAAGAUUAGGGAAAUAAAUAUGUAUAAGAAGAGUGAGCAGACACACUUCAAACAAACACUUGAUCCACAGAAUUUAAUACGGUGUUGGAAUGAAUGUAUGGAGAAAUCUGCAUACUACAGUAGGAGAACAGCUAUCAACGAAUUUAACAAACAAAAUUACUGGAAGAAAAGAGGGAUUGCCAUUGUACCAAUGAAAUUUCCACUUGGACUAGGCACACCUUACCUUUCUCAGGCUGCUGCACUGGUUCAUAUUUAUACUGAUGGGUCUGUGCUUCUGACACAUGGUGGAAUUGAAAUGGGGCAGGGUAUUCAUACAAAAAUGAUCCAGGUUGCUAGUCGGGAAUUGAACAUCCCCAUGUCAUGUAUCCACCUCUGUGAAACGAGCACAACAACUGUUCCCAAUGCAUGUGCCUCGGUAGGAUCUGCAGGGACAGAUGUCAAUGGCAUGGCUGUGAAGGAUGCUUGCCAAACUCUUCUGAAACGCCUGCAGCCCAUCAUCAAGAAGAACCCAACAGGGACCUGGAAUGAUUGGAUUAAAGAAGCUUUUAAACAGUGUGUGAGCCUUUCAGCUACUGGCUAUUUUAGAGGUUACAAUGAACACAUGGACUGGGAGAAAGGGGAAGGACAGCCAUUCACAUAUUUUCUUUUUGGAGCUGCUUGUUCAGAGGUUGAAAUUAACUGUCUAACAGGAGAUCACAAGAACCUCAGAACAGACAUUGUUAUGGACAUUGGAUGCAGCAUAAAUCCAGCUGUGGAUAUAGGACAGAUUGAAGGUGCUUUUGUUCAAGGUGUUGGACUGUAUACAAUGGAGGAGUUAAAGUAUACUUCAGAAGGAGUCCUCUAUACUCGGGGUCCAGACCAGUAUAAGAUCCCUGCUGUUUGUGAUAUUCCAGAACAGUUUAGUGUUUCCCUGCUGUCACCUUCUCAAAAUCCUUAUGCCAUCUAUGCAUCCAAGGGGAUAGGUGAGGCAGGAUUCUUCUUGGGAUGCUCUGUGUUCUUCGCUUUGAGGGAUGCAGUAACUGGUGUGAGGAAUGAAAGAGGACUGAAAAAGAGCUUUGCACUGAGCAGCCCCCUGACUGCUGAGCAAAUACGGGCAAGCUGUGCUGAUGCCUUUACUGGGAUGGUCGGAGAAGAUGGCAAACAAUGAAGCUUCUUCCUCCUUGGGCCACAUUUGUGUGAAUGACAAACCAUAGUGCACAAGACUGGAAUGGAAAACUGAUUUACUGCCCUGAGACGCACUAAUCAACACACAGAUAAAUGUAUUUUCUUGUUUCCUGAAUAGAAUCAGCUACCAAAAAUAUGCACUUUAUAUCUUACAUCCUUAUCUUCAUUCUUUCUCCAGUGUACUCAUUACAGUAUUUUGCUUAAUGACUGCAUUUGUCAGAAAUAAAUCUUCUGCGUUUGAACCAUAUGUUUUCAACAAAAAAGAUCUGCUGAUCAGCACAGCUUAAAUGCUGCAGGAGAGGAAAAUUAGAAUGAAGUGUAAAGGUAUGCUGGAUAACUUACUGCCACGUAUUGCACUAAACAACUUCAUAUGAUAAAUGAUUUUGUAAUGGCUUCAGCUAAUUUUCUGAUUUAGAUUUGAGUCUUGCAGUGAAGUGUGAGUGCAGAGAUCUUUGUCAAAGAAUCAGAACCUUGUUCGUUGGAUUCAGAACAUUUUUGACCAGAAGUGAUGCUCUGACUUGUAGUAAAGCUGGUUUAGAAUCUUUUGGCACAGGUAUCUUUGUGUUAAAAACAUGCAAGAAACAAGACUUAUGAUUCUCUUUUGCUAUGCCAGGCAACUUGUCAUGGCUGGUCUAGAUAUAUAGAAUUUUAUCCCAAAAGUUGACGGAGUUGUAAUUUCCACCAGAAGCUUUCUUUAUCUCAUGGAGCAAGCCAAAAGCCUCUGCACAGAAUGGGAAAAUUGGCAUGGAGUUCAGUGUGCUUUGAAUGGGAGAAUGGAUGACCUGUCAGCCUGCAGGCUCUUCUUAUUUCACUGCCUGUGUGUUCCACAAUUUCUCUUGUCUUCCCUUCAUUUGUUGAGCUGACACUGUAUCUGUGACAGAAAUCAGGUCAGUCACUUUAACAGCUUUUGCAUUGGCUAUUAAGAUAGGAAAUCUUUAUUGUUUCAAUUUGUCUCUCUGUAGCCAUGGUGAGUUGGUGAAAUGCAGUUGCUUAAACAUAGGUGUCUAGACCAUUGUAGAUGUCAUAAGACAGAAGAGACAUGGCACAGGAGAGAACUAGACUGAAAGAAAUGAUACAGCAGCUUGAGACCAGGCAGGUAAUAGUAAUUGUAAUCAGUGGAAGUGGUACUGAAGGUGACUUAGGCAGCUGGAGCCUUUUUGGGGUUUACUUCAUUUUCUUCACUUUCUUUGUAUUAAUUUGGCUUUUAUAUAUUGUUAGAAGUCAAUAAAUUGAGUGUGAAUGCUGCUGCCACA